CGUCACGGCUGGGCUGGUCGGCUCGCCUUCGGGCCGUGGAGGGGGGGGUGAGCAACCGCACCUUCCAUACUGAGCAUGCUGAGCUCCAUCCAUUGGGUGGUGACGGAGCUUGUUUGGAUCGGAUUUGGUGAAGACGAAGAUUUCCGCCUCGCGCUGAAUCAGGUGGCCCACGGUGUUGGCUGCUGACCACACGGUGUCGCCGUUUUGCAUGCCGCCAUUUUGGCACCCGAGGGGACCAUGGCGAGUCCAUGCCGACUGGCCUGAACCGGCUGAACCUCACACCGCUGCGGUCAGCAUGCAGGAAGUUUCAUUGGCAACAUGCGCUGCAUCUGUUGGAUGGCCUUUGGGCAGUGCCUUGGACCAGUCAGCGCGUCGGCCAUCGCCCAGGCGCCGUGCCCUGCAGCGAGGUCUUGCGAAGCAUGGCCCGGCGGAGGCGCUGGCAGCCGGCGCUGGCGCUGCUGGCAGAACUCCGGGAGAGGCGGUUGAAGCUGGACACGGUUUGCUUCAAUAUUGGCAUGCACGCGUGCGAGCAGCACUGGGAACACGCCCUGCAGCUCUUUGCUGAUUUGAACAACGCCAGCUUGCCUCCGAGCGUCGUCAGCUAUGGUGCCCUCUUUGUGUCUCUGGGACAAGGACAUCGCUGGGCCCAAGUCUUGCAGCUGUUGAAACCCUCCCCGCAGCUGGAGGC